UCCGGAGGAUGCGCACAUUCUCAGAAAUAAGGGGGGAGGUUUGGAGCAGCUCGUACUCUCGUCGUUUAACCGCAUUUAUCCGCCAGGAAUCUUCCGAAAAAUACUUUCUAGGAUCAGUUGAAGUACGAGUCUUUUACAGACGCGACACGCCGAGCGAGAUUUAGCCUGCAUAUAUUUUGUUGGAGUGAGUUUGAACAACUUCGCGGUUCAGUUUUCGGAGGUGAGGCGACUUCGUUUCACUGCGAGCGAAAGGUUUUUGGGGCAUAAAGGGACCAGGGCGAGAAGUACCGCGCAGGCUUCGGAUGAGGUGAACGCGAGCUCGAGCACAGAAACGCAAACGCUGAUUAGGAAGUUUCUCUUCCGCUUCUUUUGCUCAUUUGGGAUUUUUUUUUGCGGUGUGGGCGACGCACGUUUUUUUUUUUCUUCUUCUUCUCUCACGCACACGUUCUGCAAAGAUCUUCAUUAUUUUUCACGGACUUCACGUCAACAUCUGGAUUUGCUGUGGCGCAAACCGUGUUUCUGCGGAGUGUUCCCUGUCCGACGCACACUGGCUGCUUCACAGCCCCCCGCCGGUGAGUUUUUUACUGCGAAUGACCCGUUGCUGAUGCCCCGGCGGCCUGAAUGGAGUUGCAGUCGCAGAAAAGGCAGCAGCUGUAGUUCCCUCAGCAGGAUGCUGAUGAGGCCAAAUAUACUUCUGUGUCUGGUUCUAUUCUCCCAAGUCUUAAGGACGCAGAGCCGGCCGGCCAACAAUGACGAAGCCUCGGUGGAAACCCAGGUGGAGCUGUUCACUCUCUAUCUCGGGGGUAGUUUGGACCUGAGCUGCUCCGCCAAAGACUCCCCCCAUGCCGUCAACUGGACCAAAGACCACGAGGCCGUGGUGGAUGGAGAACACACGCGCAUCCGCGGCGUCCAGCUGGUGAUCGAGGCGGUGGAGCUGACGGACUCCGGCCUGUACGCGUGCACCACCUUCGGCAACCACAGCAACUACUUCAACGUCACAGUUGAAACCUUGGCCUCAUCUGAGGACGAUGAUGAAGAGGAAGAGUCGUCAUCAGAGGAAGCCAAACUCUUGGGCAGUCAAAAACUGCUGCCUAUGGCCCCAGAAUGGACUCAUCCAGAGAAAAUGGAGAAGAAGCUUCAUGCCGUCCCGGCCAGUAAGACGGUGAAGUUCCGAUGCCAGGCCAGCGGCAACCCGACGCCGAGCCUGAAAUGGUACAAGAAUGGCAAGGAGUUCAAGAGGGACCAUCGCAUUGGAGGCUUCAAGGUCCGUGACCACGUCUGGACCAUCAUCAUGGAAUCUGCUGUGCCCUCUGACAAAGGAAACUAUACCUGUUUGGUAGAAAACGAGUACGGCAGCAUCAAUCACACCUACCAGCUCGACGUAGUCGAGCGUUCUCCCCAUAGACCGAUCCUGCAGGCCGGCCUGCCGGCUAACCGCACCGCAGUGGUUGGCAGCGACGUGGAGUUUGAGUGCAAGGUGUUCAGCGACCCCCAGCCUCACAUCCAGUGGCUGAAGCACGAGGAGUUCAAUGGAAGCCGACUUGGUCCUGAUGGUUUAGCGUAUGUCCGUGUUCUCAAGCACUCUGGGGUCAAUAGCUCGGAUGCUCAGGUGCUGACCCUCUACAAUGUGACUGAGGAGGAGAGCGGGGAGUAUAUAUGUAAAGUGUCCAAUUAUAUAGGAGAGGCCAAUCAGUCGGCGUGGCUGACGGUCACCAGAUAUGCGCCCACAGCGGUCCCACACUAUCCUCCAGCCAGCGACACCUACCUGGAGGUGGUAAUCUACUGCGUGGGCUUCUUUCUCAUUGUGGUCAUGAUUGCCAUCGCAAUUCUAGUGAAGAAUCGCACCUCAUCAAAGAAGAGCGACUUCAACAGUCCGCUGGCCGUCCACAAGCUGGCCAAAAGCAUCCCGCUGCGCAGACAGGUAACAGUGUCCGUGGACUCGAGCUCCUCCAUCCACUCCGGGGUGAUGCUGGUUCGUCCGUCCCGCCUCUCUUCCAGCGGAUCUCCAAUGCUGUCCGGGGUGUCCGAGUAUGAACUACCCCAGGAUCCCCGCUGGGAGCUGCCUCGGGACAGACUGGUUCUUGGAAAGCCGCUGGGCGAAGGCUGCUUCGGUCUGGUGGUGAUGGGAGAGGCACUGGGUCUUGACAAAGAAAAACAAAACCGCGUGACCAAGGUUGCGGUCAAAAUGUUGAAAUCUGACGCCACAGAGAAAGACCUGUCAGACCUGAUUUCAGAGAUGGAGAUGAUGAAGAUCAUUGGGAAGCACAAGAACAUCAUUAAUCUGCUGGGAGCUUGCACACAGGAUGGUCCUCUGUAUGUGAUCGUAGAGUACGCGUCCAAGGGCAACCUGCGUGAGUACUUGCGAGCUCGGCGCCCACCAGGCAUGGAGUACUGCUACAACCCGGACCAGGUUCCCGUAGAGACCAUGUCCAUCAAAGAUCUGGUGUCCUGUGCCUAUCAAGUGGCCCGAGGCAUGGAGUACUUGUCCUCUAAAAAGUGCAUCCACAGGGACCUCGCCGCUCGCAAUGUUUUGGUAACCGAGGACAACGUGAUGAAAAUAGCAGACUUCGGCCUGGCGAGAGAUAUCCACCACAUUGAUUACUAUAAGAAGACCACCAAUGGUCGUUUACCUGUCAAGUGGAUGGCUCCCGAGGCUCUGUUUGAUCGGAUAUACACCAACCAAAGCGAUGUCUGGUCAUUCGGGGUUCUGCUUUGGGAGAUCUUCACCCUGGGGGGCUCUCCAUACCCCGGAGUCCCAGUGGAGGAGUUGUUCAAGCUGCUGAAGGAAGGUCACCGAAUGGACAAGCCUUCAACAUGCACUCAUGAACUAUACAUGAUGAUGAGGGACUGCUGGCAUGCUGUUCCUUCGCACAGACCCACAUUCAAACAGCUGGUUGAGGACCUUGACCGCUGCCUGGCCAUGACAUCCAACCAGGAGUAUUUGGAGCUGUCUGUACCUCUGGACCAAUAUUCCCCCAACUACCCCGACACCCGCAGCUCCACGUGCUCCUCGGGGGAGGACUCUGUCUUCUCCCACGAUGCCGGAGCAGAGGAGCCCUGCCUGCCAAAGUUCCCUCCCCACUCCAAUGGGGCAGCCAUCAAGAAACGCUGACACCUCGUCCGGAUUCAGAAAAAAAACAUUGACAUUUCCUCCGCUCCUUGCCUCAUGGGGUUGGACUCUACCCCACAUUCCCAGAGAUGAAGCUAAAAAACACUCAGUGCCCUGUGAGAAAGGAGCUCGGAGAGACUCGUCGUAGAACUUGCUUGAUCACAUGGACCGAGGAGUUAAUCUGAGUCUCCACAGUUCUUGGUCGGUGACGAUGUCAAUGGGGCACUUUGUAUUACCGGGCUUGGCAGUGUGGCGCAGUGUUGGGAGAGAAACAAAUUAGAGCAGACUCCCACUGUUCUUUCCAGUUUGGGCAUUCCACAGGUCAGGAGAUUGAAAAAGGACGUUUUGUUUUUUUGUUUUUUUCUUCCUCCCCUUCAUUGUUGUUUCAUCAGUACUGAAGGACAAUAUUCUGCUUUUCUGACCAAAUCCAGAGAAUAUCCUACCAGAGGACACGCAGUCCUCUGCAUCAUUCACUAUCUUAUUGUAAAUACAGUUAGGAAAUUAUAAAUAUAUAUUUACAUUGUACUCUUAUUUUUAUUACCAUAAUUGAUUUGUUUUCUUUUGUACGAGGAUGCUUUUGUUUGAUCCAUUUUUAAUAUAGUCGGUAGGGGCAGUUGUUACAUAAGAAUAUCUCUAAAUUGCGGAGGAUGACGUCGCCAGUUUGUUUUUGCUGAUUUCCCCUAAACCUACUGCAUAAUCAACGAUGACAAAAAUAUAUAUAUUGGGUUUUUUGUUUUUCAACUGCAAGUGCUUUUCAUGACACAAACCUGCAAUACAGCGUAACUCAGCGUUUGGGGUUUUCUCUCCAUCAGAAAAGAUUUGUGAAAAUAUGUGUUGUGUGACUGGCUGGAUGUAUGUGGAACAUUGGAUGUCUCAUUCAAUGUCCACUGAUUCCAAGGAUGGUCACGACUAUAAAUAUUCCUGGUUGUAUGCCAUGCUUGUUAAGAUCCAGAGUCAUUCGCUAACAUCAUGCACUUCCACUGUGCAUGCCUUCCAUGUGAUGAACUUGUCUCCUACUGUAAAUGCUUUAACAGGAGUUACAUUUCCUGCCAUAUAACUUCUGAUGAAGGGUUGCAGAACACGUAUUUCAUCGUAAAAGGAUUACAUUAAAUAAAAUGCUAUCGAAAAACAAA